AGCACGUGUUCAUAAACAAUUUUACAUGAUAGAGGGGGAACAUAAGAACUUAUUGUAGUGAUUUGUAGUUUUGGAUUCUAACCCCUACUUAACUUUGGUAGUUUUGCAGCUCAGGCGCUUGUUUUAACAUGGGGACUGAAACUAAUAAAGACGAGCGUAACACUCCUGAGUAUCUAGCACAGCUACUCAAAGACAAAAAGCAGAUACAGGCUUUUCCCAACGUUUUUGUGCAUUUAGAAAAACUUUUAGACGAAGAAAUCAACAGAGUCCGACUUCAGUUGUUUCAUCACAAAGGCAAUGGCCGCAUCCCACUCGAACUUCCAGACCCAAUCGGUCCUGUGCAGACAGUGUCAGAAAAGCUAUAUGUUCCAGUUAAAGAACACCCAGAGUUUAACUUUGUGGGGAGGAUAUUGGGACCCAGAGGAAUGACAGCUAAAGAACUAGAACAGUACACAGGUUGUAAAAUAAUGGUGCGAGGAAAAGGCUCAAUGAGGGACAAAAAGAAGGAAGAACAGAACAGAGGAAAACCAAACUGGGAACACCUGAAUGAAGAACUCCAUGUGUUGAUAACUGUGGAGGACACACUCAACAGGGCAGAGGUCAAAAUGGCAAAGGCCAUGGAGGAGGUCAAGAAGCUCCUAGUACCCGCUCCCGAUGGCGAGGACGAUCUUAAGAAACGCCAGCUGAUGGAGCUAGCCAUCAUCAACGGGACGUAUCGAGACACCUCCAAACCGGCCACUUCCCAGGCCGGUCCGGGCGGUCAGUCCGCCUCCUCUCAUGCCUUUGGACUACCCUGGAAUGCACAACUUCAAACCAUGCAAAUGUUGGGUCAAUUUGAUGCCAGUGGAAUCGACCAUAAGAGCAUACUCAAGACUUCCUCAGAUCUUGCUCUUGCAGAGGCCCCCCGCUUCCUGACAGCAGCAUCGCCCCUGACAGCGGGGAUCACGGCAGCCACUCACCUUCGUUCCCCCACCCCAGCAGGUGCCCCCCUCAUCCUGGCCCCACGCAUGCCUCAGGUCGCCACCAGCUCAGCGUCCAUGAUGAACCCACCCCCCUUGGUGUCCCCCACAGAUACAGCGGGGACAGGGCUGGUGUACAACCCCUACGAGUACCCCUACUCCCUACAGCCCACGGCAGCCAUUGUCGAGUACCCCACCUCUUUUGAGCAGACGGCAGCCGGUGCUGUGCCUAAGAUCCGCCGAACCCUGGACAGUGUAAGGACUCACCCCUAUACUAGGGUAGCCCUUCCAUAGUUUACUAGGAAGCUGUGCCUACGAAACUAACUCAAACCCACCAGAACACUUGAAAAAGAACAAAGAGCUACAAAACAAAAACACUUUGGAACAGGGGCCUGUGAAGGCAGCAGCGCACGGCACCUAACAUUGUCGUCCAUGAAGUUCUACUCACAAUAAACAAAGCUGACAUCUUGGUGUGUGGGAAUUAUCCAACAAAUAAAACAAAAAAUAUUGCUGGAUUUUAUACAAAGGCUGCCUUCCUUAGCAAAACUGCAACCACUAACAUGCCUUAUAUUUAUAAAAUUAUAUUAUAUAUCUAUAUAUGUUCUGGCAGAAAUUUUUUUUGACUUCAUUUGGAUCAUUGAGAAAGUGUGAGUUGUGUUUAUUUUUUAAAAUGUAAUGGUCUAAUUUUGAAAAUGGAUCAAAGUGUUUUAGAGCACUUUUUUGUGAAAUUGAGGUUGAAAUGAGGUCAAUUGAGAACCGUCCUUGUGCCAAUAAUAAAAAUCAUGUAGAAAAAAGAAACUAAGUGCCUGACAAUUUAUACUCUUCAGAACUAAUGUAGACUAACAUUGUUUAUGUAUCUUUUUUGUUGUUAAUGAAUGUUCAUUGGUGUGCAACAAGGAAACAUGCUAUGUCAUUUAUUUUUUUCAUUAUUGAAAAAUUAAUAUUUUUUUUAUGCCUUACACAUCAAGAAUUUAGAUGAGAUUAACAGUUUGUAUUAUACAUAUAAAACACUGUCUGUAAAGAAAAUUGUAUACCUCCCAAUCUUUACAUUUUGUACUUUCAUACAUACUCAUAACUUUCAGUGUAGAACAAAAAUAAGUGUGGCUAGAAUUAAUAUUGAAAGGUGUACAAGUACUUAACAAUUUGUGCUGCUGAAGAAUCUUGGAAAUAUAUCUUGCAAGAAAAGGCUCUAAACUUAUCAAUAUUCAUACAUUGAUAUUAUAUUUUAUUGAUAUCUUAGUUUAUAUUAUAUAUAUUGUAAGCAUAAUGUCUUAAGUUUUAAUGAACAAAUGAGCUUAAAAUCAAAUUAUUAUUAUUAUUUUUAAUGAAAUAUGAAAAAACUUCAUGAGAUAAUACCAAUGCUAUAUAUAUAUUGUCUAAAGAUGCAUUUCCAAGGUUUCGUUAGUUGAUAUGGUAGAAUUGUAGCACCUCUUUGCAUAUUUAAAAAAAUGCUGAGAUUUAAUUUUCUGCACAAUCUUGGGUGAAGGAUCCAUUAUUUUUGUUGAUGGAUCUCUCACUCUUUUGCUGAGAGCCUUUAAAGCUUUUGUGCAAGUGACUUGGUGUCCAUUGCCUUGUUUACUAAGUAAGAAUUCUCAGACCAUAUUCUUUCUCUCCUUCUGUUAGUGUGUGUGCGAGUUUUCCCUGUGUUUAACAUAUCAUGUUCAUCAAGAACAGACUUUAUUUUGUAAGUAUUACUUUUUUGUGCACUUGUUAUUUUUUGCCAAACAUGGACAGCGUUCAUAUCACCUUUAUAUAAUUUUUGCAUUUUGAAUUAUUUUUGUAGCUUCAUCACUUGUUAAAUAUCCCCUACACGGAUACUGUGGCCAAUUUUACUUAAAAAAACGAUGCGUUCAUAAAAACACAGGGAAGAGAAGUAAAGAAAUUUUUUGUGCAAAAUUCAAAAAACGUCUGUUUGCACUGUACAUAUUUUUUUGUAGAUACUAAUUGUUGAUGAUUGUAUUAUAAUAGUAGCUAUGCAGCAUUCUGUCAAAACUCCCUCUAAACUGUACAUGGCUUUCCGAGAGCAAUACAAGGCACUUUUGUAUUCUAAUAUUAACCAUACUUGUAACAGUGGUUGUGUUUGAAUGAUUUGGAGACUGUUUCUUCCAUUCAGUAGUUGUAAUUUUCAUAUGAGAAAAAAGUACUUCUACAGUUAUUCAGUAACGUAACAACUAAUCCAUCUUUUUUUAUGGUUAGGUUAUUUUUUUCCUUCAAAUUUACCAUCCUCUGACCUGUUGUAAAAUUGAGGCUUUUUAAUUUUUUCUGCUUUGAAAUUCAAAAGUAUUUGAAAAUUUAUCCCUUUAAGUCAAAAAGAAAUGCAUUGCAUGUAAACUUGAAGAGAAGCUAGCCUGUGGUUGUAAUUUCAUGAUUGGAAAACUUUUUUUUUUUUUUUUUAGAUUUUUCAAAUUAAUCUAUAUUUUGUAUUAGCACUAUACAAGAUACAAAUUUAGUUUUUUUCACGAUUUAGAAUUUUUUAAAAGUCAUGUGUGUCAUUUUUAUGCUCAGUACCAGUCAUAAAUGUAUGCCCUUAGAAGCUCUUAGAAAAUUUGCUUAUCAUAGCAGAUUAAUCAUUUUGGUUGAAUCUCAUGGGAAAUGCAUAGUACUUUCAUCCUGAUUAUUAUUUUUAUUUCAAAUUUCUUUGGUUUUUCCAGAAAUUAUAAAUAAUUUAUUUUGGAUAAAAUGAAUUAUAAUUGAUAAUAGAUAUGCUUAGAAACAUGCUGCUUGUUAAGAUCUGAAACCUGCAGUUUUGAAGUUUUGUAUAUAGGUUUGUUUAUUACACACUGUUGGCUAUUCAAAUUUUUAUGUUUACCACUCAUGGUGCAUCAGCAUAAUAUUCUGUUGUUGCAAUCUCGAAGAAGUUUUUUUGUUUUUCCUCACUUCUGAUGGUAAAAAUUUCCAUGGAACAAAACAUCACUUAACAUGUGCUUUUGGAAAUUCUGCAAUAUAUAUCUUACCUCAACGCUCAGAAAACAGAAAACUUCUUCCCACCAAAAGCAAUAAUUAACAAUGUAUUGUACAUUACUGCUGCUGUUUUAAUAAUAUGGAUAGUUCCGCAUGGUUCGCCUGUAGUUGUUAGAAAUGUUCUUACAAGGUACUUAAUGAAUCUCAAAGUCUGAUCAACUCAUCCCUCCUAUAUAACCACUAACUCGAGCUUCCCCACCUCUUAUUGGAAAUACUCCCAUAUAGUGAGAUUGACUUCAUGUAUGCUUCGGUAAGUUUUCUUCCUAUAUUUUCUGUAUAAUCCCUCACUGUUACAUUGUAUGAUAGAUUCCAAGUCUUUUGCCUAUAGUAUAAACACAUAUAUAAACGGCAAAUUAACCUUAACUGCUACUUAAAAUUGCAUUUGUUGUCUUUUUGCAUAUUAUUGUACUAUAUUUUUUUUUCUGUUCACUAGUAAUAAAGGUUUGAAAAAAGUACUCAUCUUUGCAGUUAAUACUAACCCUUGGAUAUGAAUCUUUAUUUUAACACUGCAUCGUUUCGUACUAAAUAUAACCAUUUAUAUACUUUGCUGUUGUGUUUCUGUUACUAUAGUAACAAUGCAUGCAAAGCUCAUUGGUGGAGUUUAGUUCGUCCAAAGAAAUCUGGACCCAGUACAGAGGAUUCACGGUGGCUCGUUAAUCAAGGGUCAUCAGAUUUAUAAGGACGAGAUAGUAAGCCUGACUAAACUAAUGCCUAUAACAAACAUUGAUUUUGGAUACACAUUUCAAAUUCUGUGGUAAUUACAGCAGCAUUUUUAUGAACAUGCAAAACCCCCAUGUAGAUUAAAACAGAACCUUUCGAACAAGCUUGUAUUUGGAAACGUAACAUAGAAUGGAGGAACUAUAGGUAAACUUUUUUUUAUUUUUUUCCAUGUAUUCCAGAAAUUCCUUGGCAUGGUUUAACACUAAUUCAUAACUUUACAUAUAUAUUGACAUUUCUUUGUUAGUUUUAUGGCUUAAUACUCAACUUCAGUAUUUAAUCAACAUACUGUUAAUCAUCAUGAUUAACUAAACAUUAAUUUUACUGAGAAAAGUAUACAUUUCACUUUAAACCACUAGUGCCUUAUAGGGUAUAUAUGAUACAAAGCAAUGUGCCAAAGACUCAGUCUGCUACCAAUAUUACAGCCUAUCAACGAACGUUUUCAGGGAGCUUGUAUUUCUGUGAUAAAGAUUGUCGUAUUAAGGUCCCAACGAAAAAAGUAACCCAUUUAUACUGUUCAAUCAUGUUUUAAUUGUUGAUGAUUCAAGACGUUCUUGCCGGGACAACGGUAGACAUUGUUGAAUAUUCGUAUCACUUUUUUAAAACGAGAUCACGUGAUUCUGGAAAGCACGUGACCUUAUGCUAUCCAUGACAACAAACGAUUUCAGUAUUGCUCUUUAAAUCCACUUUAUAUUUUGUUACUGAUUAUUAUGUAAAUCAUGGUGUCAGUUCGCAGGACAAUGUAGCAUAUCUUUCAUUUGAUUGGCUGUGCCCUUCAUAAUCUUGCGAAUGGAUGGAACGAAAGGUUAAUCAACUUAAUCAAAGCUUUUCAUUGGCCGGAUUUAUAAUCAUCUUUCAUUGGUUGAUGACGAUGUACAAUCAUGGAGAGUGGAAUCUCUGUAUAAAUAUGUUUAUAUACAUUUGGUCAUUGAAGUUUGACCUAAAUAUGCCAAUGGACUCGUACAAGGAGUUUUAUUUUGAAAUAUUAAAAUCAUUAUGUAUUCA